UCUUGGUCUGCUGUAGCACGUCUCUUUCUCUCUCCCACAUGUGAUGGGCGGUAGACGCGUGUAAGUUGCAGCUGAGAGGCAACGGGUGGCUGGAUGUGGAUGUCCUCUUCUCUCUUGGGUCUCUCUUCUUCUACUACUACUUCUUCUUCUUCUCUUCUUCUCUUUCUUCUCUUCCUCUUCCUCUUCCUCUUCUCCUUCCUCUCUUCCUCUCCCUCUCUGACUCCUCACUCUGACUCUUCAUUCUCACCUUGACCUCGGUGACUCACUACCACCUAACUCUUGCUUGCUUGAUCCCAAGUCUUGCACUUACAGCAUUACAACCACAACCACAACCACCACCUCGAGUCCAUACGCACACUUCACACCGAAACAUACCCACUACCGCACAACACAACCGCCAUCAUGACUACCAACAACGUCUCAGAGCCCGAGUUCGAGCAGGCCUACAAGGAGUUGGCCUCCACGCUCGAGAACAGCUCUCUGUUUGAGAAGCACCCUGAGUACAAAAAGGCUCUCAAGGUUGCCGCCAUUCCCGAGCGCGUCAUCCAGUUCCGAGUGGUGUGGGAGGACGACAAGGGCGAGUGCCAGGUGAACCGUGGUUUCCGUGUGCAGUACAACUCUGCUCUCGGUCCCUACAAGGGCGGUCUACGAUUCCACCCUUCUGUCAACCUCUCCAUUUUGAAGUUUUUGGGUUUUGAGCAGAUUUUCAAGAAUGCUCUCACUGGACUGUCCAUGGGUGGUGGAAAGGGUGGUGCCGACUUCGACCCCAAGGGCAAGUCGGACAAUGAGAUUCGCAAGUUUUGCGUUGCCUUUAUGCGUGAGUUGAGCAAGCACAUUGGCGCCGACACGGAUGUGCCCGCUGGUGACAUUGGUGUCUCGCCUCGUGAGAUUGGUUGGAUGUUUGGCACAUACCGCGCCGAGCGAGGCCGAUGGGAGGGCGUUCUCACUGGCAAGGGCGGCAGCUGGGGUGGUUCUCUGAUUCGCCCCGAGGCCACUGGUUACGGUCUCGUCUACUACGUUCAGCACAUGAUUCAGUACGCCUCUGGUGGCAAGGAGUCUUUCAAGGGAAAGAAAGUCGCCAUUUCCGGGUCUGGCAACGUCGCACAGUACGCCGCACUCAAGGCCAUCGAGCUCGGAGCCACCAUUGUCUCCCUGUCCGACAGCAAGGGUGCCAUUAUUGCCACCGAGGGCGAGGGCAUCACUCCCGAGGUCGUCAACUACAUUGCCGAUCUCAAGGUCAAGAGAAAGUCCCUCACCGAGCUGUCGGAGAGUGCAGAGUACAAGAACAAGUUCAAGUACAUUGACGGUGCACGCCCAUGGGUCCACGUCGGCAACGUCGAUGUCGCUCUUCCCUGCGCCACACAGAAUGAAGUCUCGGGCGAGGAGGCCGAGGCACUGGUCAAGGCCGGCUGCAAGUUCACUGCCGAGGGCUCCAACAUGGGCUCCACCCAGGAAGCUAUUGAUGUGUUUGAGGCUUCUCGCAAGGAGAAGAAGGGUGACGGGAUCUGGUACGGACCAGGAAAGGCUGCCAAUGCCGGUGGUGUAGCCGUCUCUGGUCUCGAAAUGGCACAGAACUCUGCUCGUUUGACAUGGACCAGCGAAGAGGUUGACUCCAAGCUGAAGGGCAUCAUGGAAGCCGCUUUCAACAACUGCCUCGAGACAGCCAAGGAGUACGUCAAGGGCGCAGAUGGCGAGCUCCCAUCGCUCGUCGCCGGCGCCAACAUUGCAGGUUUCAGCAAAGUCGCUGCCGCCAUGCGCGACCAAGGAGAUUGGUGGUCAUACUAGAUGAUGAUGAUGAUGAUGAAAGAUCAUCCCCCCAUCCCCCACCGAUUAACGAGAUAUUGUGCAAUGAGUCCGAGCGAGCGGGAAAAUUUCGACAAAAGAAUGAAUGAUACCACUACGAGAGCGGAGGAUGAUAAAAGAAAAACGGGCAUUGCACUACUACUUACUACCUUACUACCAUCGCCAUCGUACCCGCCCCAUAACAGCGAGCAAGCGAGCGGUCGAUGAUUCAGCAUCAGAAUGAUGAAUGAUGAUGAUAAUUCGGUAUAGAGUAGACUAGGCUCGUUCGUAACGUCUAUAGUAGCACUUAUCCGAAAUGAACGAGACAUGAACCGGUUAAAAAGAAAAAAGAAAUCCCAG